AUGGAGUGGUUGAGCUUGAUCAAGGCCAUUGCGACGGUAUUAGCCAUUCUGCUGGCAACGAAUUGGAUAUUUAGAAUUUUCUAUUUGGAUCUCAAACGUGAUUUUAGUGAAUUAGCUGCACAAGAACAAUCCAAUGUCACCACCACUCGAAAAGAGAAUGAAACUGCAUUAUACAGAAACUUUUUACUGCCUUUGGGAUUCCCACUGGUAACAGGUCUGGGAUUAUCACUCAAGUAUAAGCUUCGUAAUGGUAAUUUUGCAGAUAUCUGGUGUGCUAUCAUGGAUUUAGCUGACAAGAACUCUAUUAGAUUUGUGGACCAAUCUAAAGAUCUAUCCUUACAGGAAAUAAACGGUAUGGCUAAAUAUAUUUUAGAAACAUACUUAUCCAAUGCCCAUGGAAAUGUUGGUAUAUUGGUGACACCAUCCAGAUCUCAAGGGUUUAUUAUUUCUAUUGCAUCAAUGAUGGCUUCCGUUAAAUAUAAUACAUUACCCCAUUUCCUUACAUCUAUGCCCCGUAAGAAGCUGGAAGACAUCAGCAUUCUAGUGGUCGAUUCGUGGGAAUCCUUUUCCCAACUCCGUGGAAGUGAGGAAUGGUACGAAUUGAUAAUAGUAUGCGAAUCCAAUUCAUCAUACAUUUCUGGAGACCACAAAAAUGUCAUAUCUUGGGAUCAACUCAUUCAUGGUUACAAGAACGACAAUUCGUAUAUGUAUUCAGCACCCGAGGAUAAUUCUGAUGAUAGCAAGAGUUUACUAUAUUUUACAUCCCCUCAUGGAGACACUACGAGUUUUAGCCAAGGAUGCCUAGUGAGCGGUGUUGCAUCGUUCGUUCGUAAUUUUCCCUUGGGCCACGAAUUGAAUGGCAAGGAUUCACUGGCAGUUACUGGAAAUUUAAGUAGUCUCAACUUAUGCCUGCAAGUGUGGCAAAAGGUUCUUGCGGUUCUUUUGCAUGGCGGUAAGGUUUCCUUUCAGGAUACCCUGGAUUUAAACAAGUUAUACAAUCCCACUUUACUCUUGGCUGAUGCUAACGAAUUGCUAACCGUAGUCAAGAGGUCGGUAUCAGCCAACAGUUCAUUUGUUCAAAAGUUGAAGUACCAAUGGGCUACCGCUUUGUUAACUGAGGGGGUCUUCACAGCAAUCGGUCAACUCCCUAUAAAGUCGAUUGAAAAGCUAAGAUCUACAUAUUUGCUAGACUGCGUAUCAGAUUCUUCUUUAGUGAAUUCAUUUCCCAAGAAUGUUCCCAAGUUGAAGAGAGGUCAGAGCGGAAAUACCUUAGAUUCCUUACAAUUAAACUAUCUGAGAGCUCACUUAGGUUCGAGAGUAAUAUUUGAAUACUACUGUCCUCAUACUGUCAUGGGUCCCAUUGCUCAUACAAACUUUUACGAUUAUAGAAUAUUGCCACCAAGAGUUAGUGCUAAUUUCAUAUUUUGUGGACCUAUAUCUACGACUUUAGAGGGAAAACUAGUACAGACUAAAGAGAAUUCUGAGUUAGAUGUUACUAGAAGGCAAGGUAUGCUUUGUAUUCGUGGUUUCACUAUUGGUAAACCGGUAGAACCUGCACGUUUAGAGAAGGCUAGGGAAUUAUCUGGUGAAUUUGGAGGAGGCGAAGGUUGGAUGCCAAUGGUUGGAAUAUUUGGCCUUUGGGGCCAAGAUGGAUGCCUUUACCUCUAUAAAUAA